GCUCAGGAGAAAAGAAGCCACGCUUAUUGGUGACGUCAUCACGCAACGACGCGUUCACCUUUUCUUAAAAAAGACAAAACUAAAUAAUUGUGUGGACAGCAUAAGACGACUAUUAAAUCUAUUAUUAAAAAAUGUAAAACAUUUUUGGGGUUAAAGAGCGUCAGCGCUCCGACAACACGUGACCCAUAUGCUGUGACGUAUGCGGAAGCUGAAGCAGCUCCCAUGCCGCGACAAGAAAAAUGAGGAUUUAUGGUGAUCUCCAUUCCCUCUUCUGUGCAACUUCGAACAAAACUCUGUAAUUGAAGUAUUACUGCAGAAGAAUGUCAUUCUUUCCAAAAAAUUCUCUGCGGCCAGAAGUCACCGAUUACCUGAAGGGCGUCUUUUUAAACAAUGAGUUGUUGGCGUCCAUCGGCCUUCAGGAGGCUGAACGCCGUUUUGAGACAUUGCUCACCUGCCUGUCACACCCGCCAUCUUCCACUUGCGUCCGAGCCAGCGUUCAUCUGGCACCGCUGGGAGAGAUCCGACACGAGCUCUGCGAGGAGCUGAAGAAGGUGAACCGUCAGCAGAAGGAGGAUCUUCAGGUGGUUCCGCAUCCCAGGGUUCCAGAUGUGCUGCUGCUUCCGGUGGACGGGCCGAGAAGUGUCCAGCAGCUUAGCAAGGAGGUGGUGGUAGGCGCUCAGUGUGGGAACGCCGUGCUCAGAGGGGCUCACGUCUUCGCCCCUGGAAUGCUGGCCUGCCCCAAACAUAUGAAGGCUGGAGACGUGGUGUCCGUCUUCUCUGACCUUGAGGGCAAAUGCACACGAGGAGCGUUGAGGUUCCACGGGAAGAGAGUGUUUGUUGGAAACGGAGUGGCGGAAAAGGACCGCUCCAGCAUUUUUUGUUCAGGUGAACCCGCCAGAGGAGUUGGCGUCCGCAUGACUGAGCCUCUGUAUGCCACACCCUCCUUUGACGGGCUUUUACCCCGGCUGGUCUUCUUACAGAACCUUCCGUCUGUGGUUGUGGGCCACGUACUGGGGCCUCGUCCCGGAGAACGCAUCCUGGACAUGUGUGCUGCCCCGGGUGGCAAGACGUGUCACAUCGCCACCCUCAUGAGGGACCAGGGUGAGGUCGUGGCUUUGGAGCGGAUCUCAAACAAGAUGGAGCUGAUUCGUCAAAAUGCUGAAAUGUUACAGCUGCGUUGCAUCAAAGCUUUUUGCUUCAACAGCACUCGGGCUGUGAGUGAGCACUCCAACCCUGAAGCUGAAGAGCCGCCUUUCCCCCCUGAGAGCUUUGACCGCAUCCUAUUGGAUGCUCCGUGCAGCGGCCUGGGUCAGAGACCUAACAUGGCGAGCACCUGGAGCCUGAAGGAGAUAUGCUCCUUUGCUCCGCUGCAGCGCAAGCUUUUUCAUGCUGCGGUGCAGCUGCUCAAGAAAGGAGGGGUCCUGGUGUACAGCACGUGCACGGUGACGCUGGCCGAAAAUGAGGAGCAGGUGGCGUGGGCCCUACGCACCUUCCCCUGCCUCAAGCUGCAACCUCAGGAGCCUCACAUCGGCGCUGAAGGUAUGGCGGGCGCAGGCUUGGCUCCAGAGCAGCUACGUCUCCUUCAGAGGUUCCGACCAGAGCUGAGCUGGGGGCAAGUAGACGCGGGUGCACCCCUCCCCUGCAGGGCCAACAGCGACACCAUUGGUUUCUUUAUUGCCAAAUUCCAGAAAACGUGACUCCUGAGACUCCGAGGGAGAGCUGACGCUAAUGUUUACUCGACAGGAUGCUGUAACAUGCAUGCCAGGCCAUUAGAUGGCGAUGUGACUUUGUUACACGACCUUGCUAUGUCUUUCUAAAAAAAGCUGUCAUCUGUAAUAAAGCAUCCCAGCUCAUCCUAGUAGAGCUGCUGGAGUAAAUGCGCUACGUCAGCGCAUUCUUUAGCUUGUCAAGCAUUUCCAUGGAAACCAUAGCGCUCUGGUCUUCCAGUACACAAAGCGGGCUGCAGGCCAUGUAGGGGAGAAGCUGCAGCAGCUCUGCUUGCAGCGUCGCCAUGACAACAAUGACGACACGGCUGCCAUAGCGACAGCGGCUCGUUGAAGCCUAGACCAGGAAGUGGCGUGCAGAAGGAGGUCAUGAGAGGUAGUGAAAAAGGAAUUAUUUAUGGAUGUUUGUCUAGCAGGCGCACCAGCUAACUCCAAAAGAGCCUCGGAGUCACCAUGAAAGGCAAGCUAAGUGACUUUUGGGUGUUGUCACUCAUGUAGCUGUUGCCAUGACGACUCGGGAGGCCUCUCUCUCAAUUUUUCAGCAGUGUUUCACAAAAUACUAUUUAUAGACGUCACAGCCCGGGUGUUCUCAAAAGAGCACACGUCCAAAUAGUUUUAAUGUACACUGUUUUAAAAAGCUGCAGCGCUACCAAUGUAGCAUACAAAUGCUUGCUUUUUCCUCUACAGUUGUCUCGAGAAAAGCAAAUAAAAUGAGGGAUUGUAAACAA